AUGUCCUGUAAGACACUGUCUUUUAGACACAAAUUGUUCAUCAUUCGAAGAAAUAUGAAGCUUUAUCUUUUAUUAAUUCUAUCAAUUACUGGAGCCCUUUCAUCAGAAAUAUGUGAAGAUGAAUUUUUCUUAAUGGGACGAAAUCCAGACAAUUGCCGAAAUCAUUUCAUAUGCAUGCUUGGAAGAAGAGUAGAUUUUUGGUGUUUAAAUGGAGAAAUUUUCGAUCCUGAUCGAAGAGCAUGUCGUCCUGGAAAUGAUACUUCAUGUGAAUAUAUAAUAACUCCUGUUCCUGAUGAUGCAUGUAUUUAUGACUUUUUCGCUAUUAGACCACAUCCUGAUAGAUUUGAAUGUGAACGAUUCUUUGUCUGUAUGAAUUAUAAUACAGUUGAAUUCAGAUGCGACCCCGGCUUUGUUUUUGGACUAGAAAGUCUCUCCUGUGUGCCUGAUUUUUUAUUAAUUCUUUCAAUCACAUCAGUUCUUGCAUCAGAACUCUGUCAACCUGGAGAAAAUGAUCUUUGUGAAUCAAGACUAUUACCGAUUCCUGAUGAUGUAUGCAUCUAUGAAUUUUUCGGUAUUCAUCCACAUCCAGACAGACGUGCAUGCAAAAACUUUUACGUUUGCAUGAACUAUAAUAUGAUUGAAUUCCGUUGUGAUCCGGGUUCUAUUUUUGAUCUUGAGACUCUUUCAUGUAUAGAAGGCGAUUCAGAAAAUUGCACUUAAUUGUAUCUUGACGAACCAAGAAACCAAAUAAAAAUGAAGAUAACCU